AUGAAAACGGAGCUGAACCGAUGCCUCACGACUUUUGAUCUCAUUUUGAUCGGAAUCGGCGGGAUGGUCGGAAGCGGUAUGUACGUUUUGGCAGGUGAGAUAGCCCACGAAAUCACCGGACCCGCACUUGUCGUUUCCUUCCUCAUCGCCGCAAUUGCUAGCGGAAUGUCAGCGUGGUGUUAUGCCGAGUUUGGAGCCAGAGUUCCGAAAGCGGGCUCGGCUUACACGUACACGUACUUGACGAUCGGAGAACUUCUCGCUUUUGUGAUUGGCUGGAACUUGGUAAUGGAACAUGUUAUAGGGGCCGCGGCUGUUUCCAGAGGCUUGCUUGGAUAUAUAAAUGCCAUUUCGAAUAACGCUAUCAUAAAAGCGACUCCUGAAGCUCUGUUGAGCAGGAACUUCGACCCGUAUGCCCCUAUCAUCAUUGUGUUUCUGGCACUUGUUGUAUGCAUGGGAAUCAGACAGUCGGUGUUUGUGAACAACGUCCUCACAUGUGUCAAUUUGGCAGUCGCCUUCUUCUUCAUCAUCUGUGGCAUCAUACUAGCAGACACGAGCAACUGGACUAACUUCGCUCCCAACGGAAUUUCGUCUAUUUUUGAGGGCGCAGCUCAAGCUUACUAUGCGUUUGUAGGCUACGACGUUCUGACUGUGGCGAGUGAAGAAGCGUUGACCCCUGGAUUUUCAGUACCAUUUGCAUUAACGUUUGUAGUCUUCUUUUCCGGCUUUCUGUAUUGUGGUGUUUCGGCUUCGUUGACUCUUAUGAUUCCCUACACGCAAAUCAGCGACGAUUCGGCGUUUGCGUCUGCUUUUGCGUAUAAUGAGUGGGAGUGGGCUAAGAAUAUUUCAAGUGCGGGAGCGAUAGCUGCAAUGAUCUGCACUCUUUUAGGCUGUAUGAUCACAAUGCCAAGAUCACUUUACGCCAUGGCUUCGGACGGAAUUGUGUUUAAAUUUCUAUCGAAAGUCAGUAGCCGAACUCACGUUCCGAUAAUUGCCACAGGCGUUGGCUCCAUCCUGAUUUGUCUGUUCUCAUUUUUUCUGACUCUCAAAGAACUAGCAGAGUUUUUGUCGAUCGGAACACUUUUAGCCUAUCUGCUUAUUGCACUGUCAGUCAUAGUUCUAAGAUACCAUCCUUUGGAUCUGAUUACCGGAGAACCUUUCCCUAUAAGUGAAUCAAAGGCCUUAGUGAAAAACCGCGAAACGUUCACGAUGCGACAGUUUUUAGUUUUGCUGACAUUUGUUAUUUUUUCAACCAUAACAAACGUUUUCAUAAACCUCGCGCAGCACUCUGAGACCGCAGAUUAUAUGAUUGCUUACUUGGCUUCUAUUGGCAUAUUUUUAGUGUUCACUGUGUUAUCUCUCACAUAUUUAUCGCUGAUAUCGGUUGAUAAUAAAGCAAACCUGAAAGCAAAUUGCCGAGUGCCAUUUGUUCCCUACCUUCCAGGGGCGUCAGUUUUUGUCAAUAUUUACCUUAUGACUCAACUGAACUUCUCAACUUGGAUUAGAUUUGGUGCCUGGAUGAGUGUUGGAAUACUGGUAUACUUAUUUUACGGCAUCAAAAACAGUCAACUUGAAAGAGGUCAAUUCGCUGAAUCAGAGGUCAGAACUACAACUGCCGUACUGCAAGUGAUGUCAUCCUCGUCUUCAGAUGAUGUCGAGAUUAACUUGAACCCUCGAAAAGAAAAUCACAGUAACAAAAACCUUCGGGAUAUUUUUCGUCUCAACUAG